CCCAACCGAACAGCAGCGAUCCCCUUGGCUGAGCUCCCCGUUCGCCCCCGGCGCGGUGCCCCCAGCUGGGCAGCAGCAGGUGCUCAUCCCCCCGCACCUAGCGACUCAUCCCAGCCUCCCCCAGCCCCGGGCGGCCUUCGGGUGCCGCUUCCCAUCUCUCUGGGAGAUAUUUUCGGGUGACGGGAGCCACCUCGUCAUUUCCGCCAGGAGAAAAAGACCCCGCACACGGGAACCGCGGCCUCAGAGACCCGGUGGACGCAGCCUCAACCCCGCCGCUCCCCGCUCCGCUGCCCGGCAGCAGAGCCCUCGCCAGGGCUGGGAGCCGCCCUCGGGGCCGCGGGGGCGGGAGGCGUCGGAGCGUGCCACCGCCUCCUCCCCCUCCUUUUUCCUCCUCCUCCUCCUCCUCCCCCUGCCGCCGAGCCGGCAACAUGAACUGAAAUCCCUAGAGAGGAACAGAGGCGGCGAGCGAGCGGAGCGGAGCGGAGGCAAGCGGGGCUUUAGCGGGGCUUUAGCGGGGAUUUUGGCUCCUUCGGGUAGAGGAACGGCCCCGUCUGAGGGCAGAACGCUCCCGAAGCUGCGCACAGCCUCGCCCCUCACCCGAAGAGCGGCGGCCUCCCGAGCCCCGCGCCGCCGAGCCCCCAUGGCCCUCAUUAUGGAGCCCGUCAGUAAGUGGUCGCCGAGCCAGGUCGUCGACUGGAUGAAAGGUCUUGAUGAUUGCUUGCAGCAAUAUAUUAAGAAUUUUGAGAGAGAGAAGAUUAGUGGCGACCAGCUACUACGUAUUACUCAUCAAGAACUGGAAGAUCUUGGAGUCACACGAAUUGGCCAUCAGGAACUUAUCUUGGAAGCAGUAGACUUGCUCUGUGCACUGAACUAUGGUUUGGAAACAGAAAAUCUGAAAACUCUUUCACACAAACUGAAUGCAUCUGCCAAAAAUCUGCAGAACUUCAUCACUGGGAGGAGGAGAAGUGGUCACUAUGAUGGAAGGACCAGCCGCAAAUUACCAAAUGAUUUUCUGACAUCAGUAGUGGAUCUCAUUGGAGCUGCUAAAAGUCUCCUGGCUUGGUUGGACAGAUCACCUUUUGCUGCUGUGACAGAUUACUCUGUAACAAGAAAUAACGUAAUACAACUCUGUCUGGAGCUGACAACAAUUGUACAACAGGAUUGCACAGUAUAUGAAACAGAGAAUAAAAUUCUUCAUGUGUGUAAAACUCUCUCUGGCGUCUGUGACCACAUCAUCUCACUCUCUUCUGAUCCCCUGGUUUCCCAGUCGGCCCACCUUGAAGUGAUCCAGCUUACAAACAUCAAGCCAAGUGAAGGGCUGGGUAUGUACAUUAAGUCAACAUAUGAUGGUCUCCAUGUAAUUACUGGAACAACAGAAAAUUCACCUGCAGAUCGGUGCAAGAAAAUCCAUGCUGGAGAUGAAGUGAUUCAAGUUAACCACCAAACUGUGGUGGGGUGGCAGUUGAAAAAUUUGGUGAAUGCACUACGAGAGGAUCCGAGUGGUGUUAUCUUAACUUUGAAAAAGCGACCUCAGAGCAUGCUUACCUCAGCACCAGCUUUACUGAAAAAUAUGAGAUGGAAGCCCCUUGCUCUGCAGCCUCUUAUUCCCAGAAGUCCUACAAGCAGUGUUGCUACACCAUCCAGCACUAUCAGCACACCUACAAAAAGAGACAGCUCUGCACUCCAGGAUCUUUAUAUACCACCUCCUCCAACAGAACCUUACGUUCCCAGGGAUGAAAAAGGAAAUCUCCCAUGUGAUGAUGUUGGCAGACAUACAGUGGGCAAACCAGUUCAUACAGGAUCCGAAUCUCCAAACUCAUUUCUUGACCAGGAAUAUCGAAAGCGUUUUAAUGUGGUUGAGGAAGAUGCAGUGUUAUACUGCUAUGAGUAUGACAAGGGAAGAACAAGUGGUCCUGGAAGGAGAGAGAGCACACCAACGUACGGGAAACUAAGGCCUAUUUCUAUGCCAGUAGAAUAUAACUGGGUCGGGGAUUAUGAAGAUCCCAGUAAAAUCAAACGAGAUAGUAGGAGAGAAAAUUCAUUGCUACGCUAUAUGAGCAAUGAGAAAAUAGGCCAAGAAGACUACAUGUUUCAAAGGAAUAGCAAAAAGGAUACUGGAAAGAAGUCAAAAAAGAAAGGAGACAAGGGUAAUAGUCCUAGUCAUUACUCGUUGUUACCUAGUUUACAAAUGGAUUCAUUGAGACAAGAUGUCAUUGGCACACCUGGACCAGAGACCACUUUGUACCAUACAUUUCAGCAAUCUUCUCUACAGCAGAAAAGUAAAAAGAAAAACAAAGCUCCUAUUCCUGGUAAAAGCAAAAGAAGGAUCUCCUGUAAAGAUCUUGGCCGAGGAGACUGCGAAGGCUGGCUUUGGAAAAAGAAAGAUGCUAAGAGUUAUUUCUCCCAGAAAUGGAAAAAAUAUUGGUUUGUCCUGAAAGACACAUCUCUCUACUGGUAUAUCAAUGAAGAGGAUGAAAAAGCAGAAGGAUUUAUCAGUCUACCUGAAUUUAAAAUUGACAGAGCAAGUGAAUGCCGAAAGAAAUACGCAUUCAAAGCCUGCCAUCCUAAGAUCAAAAGUUUUUAUUUUGCUGCUGAACAUCUAGAUGAUAUGAACAGAUGGCUAAACAGAAUUAACAUGCUUGCUGCUGGCUAUGCAGAAAGGGAGAGAAUCAAGCAAGAGCAAGAUUACUGGAGUGAGAGUGAUAAGGAGGAGGCUGACACUCCAUCGACACCCAAACAAGACAGCCCACCACCCCCGUAUGAUACAUACCCACGGCCUCCUUCGAUGAGUUGCACCAGUCCCUACGUGGAGCCAAAGCACAGCCGCCUCUCCUCCACAGAGACCUCCCAGUCUCAGUCAUCACACGAGGAGUUCCGCCCAGAGGCGGCGGGGAGUGUCACCGACUCGCCGGUGCGCAAGACAGCGAGCCAGCGGCGCUCCUGGCAGGACCUCAUCGAGACGCCACUGACCAGCUCAGGACUUCACUACUUGCAGACGCUGCCGCUGGAGGACUCGGUGUUCUCUGAGACGGCCGUGGUGUCCCCUGAGCACCGGCGGCAGUCCACCUUGCCCACCCAGAAGUGCCACCUGCAAGACCACUAUGGCCCCUUCCCACUCGUGGAAGGGGAGCGGAUGCAAGUGCUGAACGGGAAUGGAGGCAAGCCCCGGAGCUUCACGCUGCCACGAGACAGUGGCUUCAACCACUGCUGCCAGAGCCUUUCGGUGGGAGCCACUGAUCACCACGAGGAAGUGCAGCAAAAGGAGGUGGAAGAGGAAGAGGAGGAGGAGGAGGAGGAAGUCAAAGCAGCAGAAGAAAACCAGGAAGAUAAAAGCUAAUACACUGCGAGAGUUGAUAGCACCUCUCCAUGUCAAAUCGGAUCCACUUCUCUUGGCACUGAACCGAUUGGACUCAAAGGUUGAUAAACUUAUCAUUAGCGAUUGGCACGACGGAGACUCAACUUCAGCCUCUUGCAAGACACCUAAUGGCCUCCGUUCAGAAAGUCAAUUCUUCUUGAAUAACAUUGGUGUUUAUAAAAGAGACUAGACCUGUUAAAGCGUAGACAACCACAUGCCUGGAUAUGAGGCCUCCAGGAAGGUGUCAAGGGCAUGGCCACUCUUUUGAAGAAUGCACCCUUUCCACAAUGGGACUAGGCACAAGGUCAGAUCCAGUCUACACGGAGCACAUUUGCAGAAAAUACUGCCCUGCAUGGGAGAACAGAAGGGGAAGAGGGUCUUGACAGGGGAAGGGCUUUGAUGUCACUCAGUUUUGUUCUGCAGACCUCGAGGAAUUAAAGAGGGAUUCGGCCAUGGUAACACUAAAAUCCUGUUGCUUUUACUGAACUGCAGUGAAUCCAUUCAGGCCAACCAGACAGAUUGUGCCAUUUAAGCGUCCUUCACUAAUGUGAAGGAUGCUACCUUUCUGUAUCAUGCUAAACUAAGUGUAUUCUGUCAAGUGAAGGUGUGCGCAGACCUUUCAGAGACUUCUAUUUCUCUAACGAUUUGUAACGCAUUACCGGAGGGUACACUGACACUGGUUUGGAUGAUGAUGGAGAAGAUACCUCACGCUGAGAUUUCUUAUACUCUGCAGAUAACUCUUCAGUUCCUCUUUAUCUUCUAGGAGUUAAACAUGUGAGUGAUGCUGCCUGGAGAAGCAGGCACAAAGUAUUCUCUGUAUAACACCCCGACUCCAGAGGGCUGUUUGGGGGCCAGUAUUCGUCUGGAUGUCACUCAAAGUAGAUGCAGAUAUUGUAUUUAUCAUUAUGUUCUGAGUCCCCUAUGGGUUGAUGUUUGCCUCUAUCUCUGUGGUUAGAAUGUGGAUUUUCCUUAAUAUAUUUGGCUAAGGGUGUAUUGUAAUAAUGUUAAUGCUAAUUACUUGAUAUUUCAUACUAUCUUACGGGGAGAUACUUUUAAAAAUGUAUUUUGAAAUGUUUUCUUUCUGUUUGCUCAAUGUAUGGUAUUGCAUUAUGUUAAUACCAAUAAAAUUAUAUAUAUAUAGUUAUAUAUAUUUCCCUUUUAUAAAGAAGUAAAUUAUGCUUUUUUGCCUCACAGAUGAAAUGUGCAGUGAAUAAAAUACAUCAUUCUGCCUUACAGCAGGUGACAAAGCUUAUAAUAGUUUUAAUAUUCUUUUUUGAAAAAUAAAAAGUAUAGUAUGACAUAAACUAGUUGGAAAUUCAUCAAAAUGCAUGUUGUGUUUCUGCUUAAUGCGACUGUCACAAAUCAGCCUAAGUAUUUAUCAAUGUUGUUUUGGCAUCUUUAAUUUUUUCCAAUCAGAAAACAUACACUGUAUUGCUAUUAUUGAUUACAAAAUUGUACUUUCAUGACUUUGUGCCUGUUGGCCAAAUAGACAAGCCCACUGAGUUUUUAUGACUCUCUUGUCUGAAGGAAUUGAUUUUUAAAUUUAAUUCAGUGCUUUUUCCAAUGCUUGGCAAAGGCAGAAUUUAUUUUUUAUAUAAGGUUGCCUUUGAAGUACCUGCCUCUGCCAGGGCUGAUAAAUCAUGGCUAAGCACAUAAAGGUUCUGCAACCUGAAGGAUGUAAUGUAUCAUUAAAACUCUGCUGGAAUGGCCUGAAACCUGAGCCAGUCUUUCACGUUCUGUCAUUAAACUCCAUAAUUAGUUAGAGAUGAAAUGUUUUGGAAAUGAAUUAGAGAAGCAGAAGCAAAGAUGUGAAUCUAAAGUAUCCUUUGGCUGCCAUUCUGGGUUACGCUGAUGGCUUGUUUGCAGCCUGUAGCCACAGGCAUGCAUAUAUCUGCACUAACAUGAAUUAGAUCGUCUUCAGCUUCCUCUUUCUUUUCCCCACCCUUUCUAACAUAUUGUAUUGAGUAUCAUUGUUUUGCAGAGACAUUCAAGAGGGCUGUAAUUAGCAGUCCCUGGCAUUUAAUUGCAUACCCAUUUGUUAAAUAUUUUUCUGUAUGCCUUAAAAUAAAGUAUAGAAAAUGGCA